GACACUAAACAUUUAUGUUGGCACUCUAUGCGACUUUACUUUGUUCACAGCAUUGUGCAAAAACAAAUAACAUGACUUACUUAAAACAACCAUAAGAAACACUGUUUGGGUAAAACUCUCUACAACCAUAAGCAUCAGAGUAACGUUUUUUAGAGGUUCACCUGAGAGAAACAGUUCAGAUGGGAGACAAGUAAACAUUUAAACGCAUGCCACUCUGGAGAAUCAGGUUUUAUUCUGGAUAAAAAUUAAGUUGGAGAUAACGAGAGUGUCAGGCUCAGGUUUCACUCUAUGAGGGUCUACAUUCAUAAAAAGUACACUAAUAACAUUGUGUACUUAUCUUUUAGACUGCUAUGAACAAAUUCGAACUGCAAAGAGCAAAUGCACUAAAAUGUGAAACAUUCGAUGUGUGAUACUUGUUCACCUUACUAAUUUACAGUGAACAUACAACUACAGUAAAGUGUAGCUACACUGUAGAUUUCAAAAGACUGUGCAAAUAUUAUGUAGUGCUGGGUUAAGCAUUUUCAGGGAGAAUCACCAAAUAUCACCAUUCUGAGUAAGUGACAGGCUUUUGCAGUUUAUUUUGUUUCCAUAAAUGAUACAUUUAUAUCUUUAUGUAUUUAACAUUUUUUCUCUCCUAACUUAAGUCAAUAAAGGAGCACCUGAUGCAGGUAGCCCUCUAUUUUUCUUUAACAUAAAAAGUACUCCUGGAUCAGAACUUCUGCAACUUUGUGUAUUUGCUAUUUCUUCCUGCAGUUGGUCGUGGCACAUUGAGCCAGGUGCUGGUUCUGCUGGAGGUUUUUUCCUGCUAAAGGGGAAUGAGUUUUUCUAUCCACUGUCCUUGCAUAAAUGCCCACUAUGAGGGAUUGUUGCAAAGUCAAAGACUUAAUGCAGUCUGCAGGUUUUCCUUAGAUGCAAAACUUUUUUAAUUAGAAUAAUAAACUAAACGUGGCUACAUUGUUUGAUAAAUGGGAACAAAUUGAAAGAGAUUGAACUGAUUUUGAAUCUUAUUGUAUGAUAGAUUCAACUGGCUAAAGAAACAUACUGAGAACAAAGUAGAAAAUGUAAAGCUAAAAGCAGAUUUCUGAAGAAGCUUAUUUUUUAUUAUGAAAGAUAACUCAAUAAACUGUUUACAGUAUUGUCAUUUAACUUCAAAUAUUUAUAAAAUCUAAAUGGAGGCGACUACCGACACCAGCUUGUGUCAUGUCCUAGACAGAACAUGGUUAUAUCUCUGGUUCCUUUUAGGAUUUCACAUGCGCUGAGACGGAAUGUCUGGCGUGCUCCGGUGUCACUGGAGUCUGUCUGGCUGGACGCAGAGCUUUGUGCACAGCACCAUCUCUGGGUGAAGGAAGCAGAAGUCCUCAGUGGCCCCAGCUGCGCUGCCAGCUUUGUGUCAGACACCAAAUGUAAGCUUAAACCCGCCGCUACAGACAUGAAGACAAAGAGAAGAUGCACCCAAAAGCUGGCAGCGAGUGGGCAAGUGAUAGAUCUGCUCCAAAAAGGCAAGCAAAACAUCCUGAAAACGCAGGACGAAACCAGAUAUGUUGAUUUGGAGUCCGAGGACGAGAAGGUCUGUCGCUUUGGUCAGAGGAGCCAAGUGUCUGUCAUUGCUAAAAACGGUGGAUUUGAAGCAGUUUGUGCGUCGGAGCCAAACUCUGACCUGAAGGAGAUGCACAGCAAGGAGGGAGGAGAAAGCACCAGAGGUGAGAAAUGCAUGAAAGUUGUGAGAAAUCUCCCCUCUCCAUCAUCCUCACCUUGCCUGAAAAAAACUGAGACUAGCCUACAAAUAGGAGAGAAAAGUGGUGAGAGCACAUUUACGUACACCACCAUGUCCAAAGGCAUGGGCAGCAAGGCAGACCGCGAGGAGGAAUCCCACAGCACCAACAGCUAUCUGAGUGGGAGAAGUGAGUGUGAGGACUGUGAGGAGGUAGAUAAUGUCAGCCUGGUGCUCUCUGAUGAAUCCGCUCUGUCCUUAACCGAGGAUCAUUACAUUACCACGCACGAGAUUCAGCUCUCGGAGUUCUCUGACCAUGAAGGGGACUACGACCUGGGCGUGGGCUCCUCCACUAGCUGGGACAUUGAAGAUGAGAACCAGGUGUACCCAUUCAUAGGCUACUCCUUUGCGGGUGAGACAGGGGCUUGUGGGGCGCCCUGCUCCAAGGGCGCUGCAGCAGUAGCAGCAGCGGUCAGCACUCUGCUUGAAAGUGAUCUGAGCGAUGCGGCCAAGUUCUGCAGCUCAGAUGAUCCCGAACAGAAGCAGGGUGAAGGACAGAUCCACAUGUCAAUCAGAACCACAUCCCGAGCUAUAAAUGACCCUGGCAGCAUCCAAGAGGAGGAAAAUAUCCUUUGUCAUGCCAGGCGCUCCGGAGACAUGAGACGCUAUGUUUUUAGGGGAGUGGAUGGGAAGGCAGAGACCUUGUGUGACAGUGCGAAGUGUUUCAUAGCCGCGCCCGGACGCCCGCACUUUGGCGGCAGAUUGAGGGGGAAAGAGGUCACAGAGUAUUCCAGCGGCACGUCCAGCGCUGUCAGCGAGCUGGACGACGCUGACAAGGAGGUGCGCAACCUCACAGCCAAAGCCUUCAAGAGCUUGGCCUACCCUUACUUUGAAGCCAUCAAUUUCAGCACCUCCAGUGAGUCCUCUGCAUCAGAGCAUGGCCGGAGGAAAAACACGUGGUCCACAUUUCUGGAUCUGAAAUAUGGCAACGUGAACAUGUCUCAGGGACUGGACCAAAGUGUGAUUUCCUGUCAAAACCCUGCGGCCUCAUAUGAAAUAGGCAAAAACAGCGACAACAGAGGUUAUAAGGGCACCAUUAAGCCCACAACUAAGAUCUUUGCUCUGAAAGCCAACCCCCGCAGCACCUCGUCAUCAAAGCAGAUCCAGCUCAUGGGAAAGUUUGGGCAGGGCCACAGCGGAGUGAUCAGACUCACAGAGACUCUGAAUUUUUGUUGCAAUGUCAAAUCGGGAAUGUCUGGGGAAGAAAGGCGCACUAACUUUGCGCAAAACGCAGCAGGAUCAUGUUCCACGGAUGAUAUUACCAAGAGCCUGCAGAGCAGCCAGCAGAGAGGGGCCAGCAAGCUGCCCUCUAAAACCAUGGAAGACACGCAUAAGAAAGCCAUAUUCGCCUCCAGUUUGUUAAAAAAUGUUCUUUCUAAGAAGAUGCAGUUUGAGCAGGAGCGCAGGAUGGAGAGGGGGGAGAUCAGCGAGCCACACCAGGCGCCGUCCCCGGGCUUUGUGCUGCAGGAGAGCAACAAUAAGUGGAAGGGGAACAGGGAGCUGGAGAGGCAGAGCUCCAAGUUCUCUGAGAGGGGCUGUGACUAUGCCAUAAUGUGCGUGGAUGAAUUAGGGGACUUUGUGGACAGCGGCUCAUGUGAUAGUAAGAGGCAAGACGCGUGUGCUCCCGCAACAGAAACUAAUUUAAACUCGGCCAAUGAAGCUGGGAUUGAUACUAAAAAAGGCGCAUUGCAUCGCAGCCAAAAUAGCGCGUUCAGAUGCUGGAAGGACGAGGAGCUAGAGUUUCAAAAGGAUCAUAAAAACCAUCAAACUCUGCUGGACAAGCUGCCUCCAGUUGAUGACAAAGAGAGUGAGUGGGAUCCGUUCUCUGCAAGCUGCGGUAAACUGACUAAAAUGUCUCAUUUGUUUGUGCCAAGUAUCCAACUACUGCCCAGUGACAGAGAGGUGCGCCCGCAGCUGCAGAGAGGAGCUUAUUCCUGGAAUGGAAGCAACACUUUAUACAUCACAGACUCCAGGAGCUCAAAAUCAUCCAAAUCACCGGAAAUUAAAAUCAACCUAAGAAGCGUUAAAGAUAAUAAAAUGGAAGAGUUUGGAGGCUCCAAGCUGCGCGCCUCGAAUAUCACCGCUAGCCCAUCAAGUCUGAUCAGAAAAGAGGACUUCAAAUGCCAAACCCUGGCUGCAGCUCUGAAGGGUGAGUCCUCAGAUAAAAUUCCGCACUUUAUGGUUCGAGACAUCAGAGAUAAUAAAGGGAAGUUACAAACUCCCAUACACCAAGUCAGAGAUGUGCGUAAGCUGGUUAAAAGUUCCUACCACUUAGUUUCCUUGGAUAAGAACAAAAAUAAAUCAAAUUCCUUUAGCUCUGAAAUUCAUUCAGAGCAAAAGAAGCAGAUGCAAAACAGUAAUCCUAACUGUGUGUCCCCCAUGGUGAUAAAAUGUCAGUCUGUAAAUACUAACAAUGUAGAAAAACCUACCGGAAACCUUAAACAGGAGCAGUCUGACACAUGCAGAUCGUCUCCAGAGGGUGUAAAGAGUGCUCCACCCCAGAAGGCAUCAGGGAGAGCAGCAAAUACCUCGAACAGCUCAGAGGGAAACACUGGGAUGAGCAAUGAGGGCAAAACAGGUGCAACAAGGCAAGAAACGGUGUCAGAGACGGCAGAAAAUAAACCGGAGUCAAAAGUCACAAAUCAGGUGGCCUUGGAGAAACUCCAGGCUGCAGUGAAAACUAUGGAGCAACUUUAUGUGUUUGAUAAAAAUGAGUGGAGGAGAAAGAGUGAGCCUGAGCGUCUGACGGACAGCCAUGUGUUGUCACUCAUAGCUAGUGAAGAGCAGCAAGAGUCUGAGGAAAGAGGAGGGAGAGGGUUCAAUACAGACAAAGCAGUCAGAAGAGAUUCCUACCCAAAUAUAGACAAGACCCACCCGGCAUUAUCAGCGCCCUCCAGCACUGACAGCUCCCUAAGGUGGCUAGAUAAAGACCUACUUAAAGUGCUUCAGUCAUCCAAUAGCCAUGAUGAAAGGUUGGUCACUAAGUCAGUCCAAACAGUUGGCACCAUAGGGAGCAAGAGCAUGUCCAGCUUUAGCUCCAAAUCCAAGGCCUACACAGCUGCUGAUGUUCCUCAAUCAAACACCGCCCCACACACACCUUUCAGUGGCAAAAGCUUUGCACCAAAGUCUCCUAAAUUGCCUGUGUCAUUCAAAACCAGUCAGACAGGAGUUUGUGGGAAGAAAGAUGCUGAACCGAGGGGAGUGAACCGAUUUGAGCAUCAGUUUUCAGGUGCAUCGGUUGACAAUGAGAACUACCUAACCAUCCCAGUCAAAUUUCAGCCCAACAACAGUAAAAUGGCCGCAACUACAGAUAAAACCUCAAAGACUCUUCACCAUCAAUCACUGCCAACCCCUCCUGCAGUACAUGAAGACUGUACCUCUAGAGUCCAGGAGGACUACGGUCAGAGAACAAAACGUUCCAGUAUUGUAAUGGAGACCCAUUCACCAGAGAUCCCCUCUGCUACUAUUUAUCACUCCCUACCAAUGGCUGUGUCUGCCAAUCAGCCACAAAUGUAUUGUUUUUCCCCAGCAAUCACUCCAGCCCCCACCCUGGACCCCUUUCAGGCGACACAGAGGAAAAUGCUGCUAGAUCCCACCACUGGAAACUACUACCUGGUGGACACGCUGGUGUCCCCAGCCACAAAACGUCUUUUUGACCCAGAAACACGCCAGUAUGUGGAUGUACCCAUGCCACAGCCUCCGGUGACACCAGUACCAAUGCCUAUAUCGCCGCUAGCGCUCAGUCCUGGAGCAUAUGGUCAUACCUACAUGAUCUACCCAGGCUUCAUGCCAACCCCUUCAGUGAUACCUCCUCGAACGCUGGUACAGUCACAGAUGUCCGUGCCAUCAGAGGUAGAGGGUGUAGAGAAGUCUUCCUCACAGCAGUCUGAAGGAAUGUACAUGGAGAGUCCUUUCUAUAUGGCAACUACGAAGCCUCCCCAGGCAGCUUCAGGGGCUCAACAGCAUGGCGCCUCCAACAGGCUACCGCAUGGAUGUUCCAGCAUGAACCAGCCAGUCAUCAGCAUCAGCUCCCAGCAAGGGCCAAGGAUCAUUGCCCCACCCUCGUUUGAUGGGACCACCAUGAGUUUUGUGGUAGAGCACAGAUGAGUCGCUAAGCUGGACAGGGGCCCUUGAUGAUCCUGGUUCCAAUGUGAGGUCCAGAUAGAGAGUUCUUUGGAGGUAAAAAGGUUGCGGUGGAGGGCGGACAGAUAAAUUCAUGAGAGGAGAGGUGAGGAGCAAUCCGACUGCCAGUGUGAAUCCAGGAACUUGUCAAUGAUUCUUCAGCAAAGGCGAAGAGAGACUCGGGCAACCAAUGGGUAAAAUCUGCGGCGUCAUGAGGGGGAAACCAGAAGGCCAGGAACUCGGGCUACGCAGUGGGUAAAAUCUAAAGUGCCAUGAGGAAACACCUGAGAGAGAUGCAACAGGGAAAACUUACUUGAAACAGUCUCAGAGAAACUUCAAAGAGCGGAUUCAGAGGGGUGCUGAAUACCAUAACUGGCAAACACCAGGUGUAGAAGUGCCAAACACCAGGUGUAGAAGUGCUGGUAGUCCGUACCUCAUAUACUCCUAGGUGAUGAGGUGAUUGAUCACAGGUGUUCUGACUCAGUCAGCAGGCACGCCCUCCAGGUAGUGCAGCCUCGAGGCACCAUCUAGUGGAUGAUGAGGGAAGCAAGCAGACAAACAGAAAACCCCCACAAAGAGCCAAAACCCCAGUUCCCAACAGUACCCCCCCACCACCACCUGGCGGCCCAGACGAACGGUAAUCGGUGAACAGGGAAGAGUCAAGAAUAAAUGAUCCAGGGACCCAAGAGCGCUCCUCCGGGCCGCAGCCCUCCCAGUUGACGAGGAACUGCCAACCACGACCUCGUUGAUGGGAGUCCAUGAUCCAGCGGACGGAGAAAGCUAGAUGCCCAUCGACAUCUCAGGAGGGAGGAGGGGAUUGGAAGGAGGGCACAUUGUGCUGGUCUGAACAGUUUCCCAAGUUAAACAACUUGGGAAACGUGGAAUGGACACAGAGUGAUAAUGGAAGAAAGUGACGGACUGAUGACCUUUUCGACUUUGUAGGGAUUGAUGAACCUGGUUGAGAGUUUCGUGGACAUGGAUUUAAGGGGAAUGUCAUGUGCAGAAAGCCAAACCUUUUGUCCGGGUGAAUACUGUGGAGCAGGCGUUCUCUUACGGUCAGCAAAGCAUUGGUUCUGUUCUGUGGUGUUGAACUGAAGUUAUGGAGUUUUCUUUUUCAUCUGAGGGGAACAGUCUGCAUGAAAACAAAAGCACAUGGAUGGUUCUUAUUGUCAGAGUCAGAAAAUUGAGAUAGAAUGAUGAGGGGUUUUGAAAGCUGUCUUACAUUUAUCCCCCUGGCGGAUGCGGAGAAGAUGGUAUGCGUUCCUUAAAUCUAGUUUAGUGAAUCCUGUUGCACCAUGAGCUGGUUCGAAUGCUGAAGAGAGAAGAGGGAGAAGAUAUUUAUUUUUAACAGUGAUCUGAUUUUAACCUCUGUAGUCAAUGCACGGCCUCAGUGAUCCAUCCUUCUUCCCCACAAAGAAAAAUCCGGCACCCAGGGGAGAGGAAGAGGGACGAAUAAUGCCGGCAGCCAAUGAGUCCAUUGUCUCCCAUUUGGGUCGUGAAAUGUUGUACAGUAGUAGUAGGUAGGUAGUGGUGCUCCAGGGAGAAGACCUAUUGCAAAGUCAUAGGGAUGAUGAGGUGGAAGAGAGAGUGCUUUGACUUGCUAAAAACAGGUGCUAAAUCAUGAUAUUCUGCUGGAAUGGUGGAUAAGUCGGGAGGGUCUGCUUCCUGUGAUUUCGCCAGUGGCGGACCUGGAGGAACUGCUGAGCAGAGACAGGUGGAAUGACAGUUAUGUGACAAAGAUUCAAUAUGCAUUUCUGACCAGUUGUCAGAAAUGCAUAUUGUGGGGUUGUGUUGUUGUAACCAUUCAAAACCAAGGAUUAUGAAUGAGUUUGCUGUGGGAAAAACAAAAAAAGAAAUUUGUGUGCUGUGAUUACCACAUAUGAAUUCAAAGGUUCAUUAAGGGCUUGAAAAUAAGCAAAGGUUUUGUCUUGUGAGUAAUCUGAGGUAGUGCUUUACCAUCCAAGGCGGAGAGGCAUGGGAAGUGGCAUGGUUUCGAUGGACAUCUGUUGGAUUAAACUGGAAUCAAAUUAGAUUGUGUUCGCAACCGGAAUCAAGAAGCUGCGGCUUUAAUUCUCAAGUUUAUGGCAAAAUCUGCCACAGAUCUCUGUCCUUGUUUGAUUGUCCAUAAUUCUCGGGAGUAGGAUGUUUUAUCUGAUUCUUGAUGAAAUACUUGUUUAAAUUCUAUCAAAAAGUAUCCGAAUGUGCAACCAAAUGAGCAGGUGAAUGAAACUUCUGCCCAGACUAAUGCCCAUUAGACUUCUGGCCAGUCUGAUGCUCGGUCAGUUAAAAGUGAAAUUAUGAAAGCUAUUUUUGCACCAUCAUGGGAGAAACUUCGAGGGGAAUGAUUGAAAACUAGUGAGCACUGUAGAUGGAAACUUUUACAAUGGUUUAUAUCACCUGAAAAUUUGUUUGGAGUUGGUGGACGGAUUUCAGAAAAUGUGGAGUGGCCAGUGGUUCAGGACUGGAAGCGGAGGCUGGAGCUGGAGCGGAGGUCUGUUGGAGAGAGCUUUGUAAAAAGUUAGACAACUCUUCAAGACGUCGAUUUGUUUCAGCUUGGCUGGAACCCAGGUCUCGUAAAACAGUAUCAUGGGUUUGAAUGAGUGAAUGUUGUUCUGCCAAAGUUCUCCUGAGAGCAUCUGUGGGGUUUGACUGUUGGCCUGAGUGUUCUGUUAUGUUGGGUUGAAGUCUUUUAACCCACAUACGGAACUCAGCCAGGAGAACAGGAAAUCAGAUAAAGUUUAUUUUAACAAUGGUGAAAUAUGAGAUUGUGUGGUUCUUGUUCUGUGGAUAGGAAGCCAUCCAUAGAAUAUAGAAGAUAGUGCUGAAGUACUGUCUUCAACACUAUGAAAACAGUAGGAGAGAUAUGGUGAGUUGAAGGUUAAUCACAUGGGUUGAAUUCUGAGGGAGUGGAAUGAUCUUACUUGGAGAAUUUCCGCCAGGGGGGAAUUACUGUGAUCUCCGGGGUUGUGGUCUCAUUGCAGGGGUCCUUGAUGAUCCUGGUCCCAGUGUGACAUCCAGACGGACAGUUCUGUGGAGGUAGAUGGAAGAGGCUGCGGUGAAGGGCGGUCAGGUAAGUUCUUCAGAGAAGAGGUUUGGAGCAAUCUGACUGCCAGCGUGAAUCCAGGAACUUGUCAGUGACUCUUCAGCAAAGGGGGAGAGGGACUUGGCAACCAGUGGGUAAAAUCCACAGCAUCAUGAGGGGGAAACCAGAAGGCCAGGAACUCGGGCUACACAGUGGGUAAAAUCCAAGGCGUCACGAGGAAACACUUGAGAGAGAGGUGACAGGGAAAAAUUACUUAAAAUAAUCUCAGAGAAACUUCAAAGAGCCGACUCAGAGGAGUGCUGAGUACCAUAACUGGCAAACAUUUAGGCAUCAAAGUGCUGACAGUCCAGUCCUCAUAUACUCCAAGGUGAUGAGGUGAUUGAUCACAAGUGUACCGACUCAUUCAGCAGGUACACCCUCCAGGUAGUGCAGCCACUAGGCACUGGACAGGUGAGUACUUCACCUUUAUUAUUAUUUUUGCCUCUGGAAGAACUGGAAACCACAGUUCACCAUAACUAUUUGUUAAGGUAGCAAAUAGGUAACAAAAAGGCAGAUUGUCCUGGCCUUAUGGACAGGGUCUUUUAAUCUGAGGGACAUGGAUGUUUUUUUUUUUUUAUUUAUUAGUUUCUCUCUUUCUUUUGGAAAGAUAAUAAAUCUAAGCAUAAAAAUAACUAAAUCAGCCACCUCAGUGGAUGAUGAGGGAAGCAGGAGACAAACACAAAAUCCCCACAAAGAGCCAAAACCCCAGUUCCCAACAAAAAUGUGUAAAAAUUCUUGUUAAGAUUGCAGGUUUCUGUAAUGUAAAAAAUUAAGACACUAAAAAAUGUCAGAGCUUUUCCCAUCUUGAGAAUGACAUCAAUCCUGUAUUAUUUAACUAGAUACACAUUUGUCCGAAUGGAAAAUGUAAAGGAACAUAGAAAGAUUCUGUGGCCUGGUUGCAGAAAUCUGCACAUUUUAAACUAAAUAUUAUUGAACCACCAUGGGAUUUAAGUUUAUUCUUAAAGUCUACAAUCAGUUUCAACAAAUCUGAUUAACCAUGAAAACAAAAAAGUAUUACAUUGAAUCUGAAAUAGUAUUUCUGGAGGGAGCUAAAUAUCUUAAUCUUUAGGAUCUUUGCUUCAGAUCCUGGAGAUCUUUAAUAAGAUCAGAUACAAGAGGAAACAUGCAGAAAGAUCUGACAACUGUAAUGCCAUCAAAAUUUUUCCAUAGAUUUUUGAGUAAUAAGUAAAUAAUUCUGACAUUUUGAUUUUUUGUUUCUAUUUACCUGAAGAAAGUUAUGGCACACAAUAUUCGCUAUAUUGAAAAUACAUCUUGAUUCUACAUGGUAAAAACAAAACAAAACACCAUAUAGAGAGAAAAUACAGCUACACAAAAAACCCUGAUAUCCAAACUGGUUAGCAAAGACAUAGACUUGCCCACCAAGACAAGACGUUGGUGGGCAUGUCCACCAACAUCUUAGGUUAGAAAUUAUACACCGUGUUUACAGCAUAUAAAAAAAUUACAUAAAAUGCACAAGACAUAAAACGAAAAGAAGGAAAGUAGUGCAUUCUUCUUAGAAGAAGUCAUUUUUUAGGAAAAUUGAAGACGUCCACUGAGGCUUAGGCUUGGUGUGAAAGUUAAAAAUGAGAAGCCAUCUUUCCUAAGAACAUCCAGCGACCAAACAGAAAAAUCCAUUAAAAACUAUGUCCUGUAUCCAUUUUACUUUUUAGUUCUGUGUAAGGAGAUGUUUGCAAUUAAUUAUAUUCAGUUUUUUAUUAUUUUAUUUUUAAUCUGGCAAGAACAUAUAAUUGAUUACAGAAAUAACAGCUAACCCUAACAACAACAACAGUAAUAAUAAUACAGCUGAAAGAUUAUGAAAACUCAAGAGACCAAGACAAUAUAACUUAAAUAUGUGGAUAACAUACAUUCAAGCAUGCACAUGAGUAUAUGUACACAAACUGAAUUAGAACAUGGAUAUUUAAAACUACAGAAGUAAACAAUCACUGUCAGUGGUUAGAAUUAGAAGGAACUACUGAAGCUACCAGGCUAACAGCAGAGUUUCUAUGUGGUUUUCAAGUUUGAGGGAGGGCAUCUAGUCUCUCAAAAUAAGAUAGUAGAGGGGCCCAAGUUUUAUGAAAGUUUUUCAUCAAUCCUCUAACACAAGAGUACCCAAAGUCAGUCCUCGAGGGCCAGCAUCCUGCAUGUUUUAGUUAUCUCCCUGCUGGUAAUAGCAACUUUUUCAGCAUGUCAUUGUUCUUCUUAGACCUUCUAAUGAGCCAUCAUUUGAUCCAGAUGCGUUAAACCAGGGAGAAAACUAAAACAUGCAGGAUGCUGGACCUCGAGGACCGACUUUGGGCACCACUGCUCUAACACAACAUUUGAUCUUCUCUAACUUAAAGAACAGAGCCAGGUCUUUCAACCAAAGAGAAGCUUUGGGUGGAUGCUCUGAUUUCCAUGUUUAUGAGAUUCUUCUUCGGGCGAUUACAGUUGAAAAAGCCAGUAUAUUUUUAAAAUCACAUGUUAUUGUUAUACUCUCCCCUGGUUCUCCAAAUAUUGCCAAUUCAGCACUGGGUUGAUUGUCUAUUCCAAAACUUAAGAUAGUGUCUGAAAUAUCAUAGAGGUCCUGCACAGUUUGUUACAGGACCAGAACAUGAGUUAAAUUUGCCUUAAAGUUCACUGACUACAGAAUAUAUCCUUGAGAAUCUGGCUCUGCUAUAAUGAAUUCUAUGAAGAACAUUGGACUGAAUUAGUCCAGGUCGAGCACAUGAAGUUGACCUGUUUACUCUAUGCAAUGCAUGAUACCAAGUCUCAUCAGAGAAGUUUAUUUGAAGUUCUUCUGACCGUUCUGCUCUGAUCUCAUUGAGCAUUACUGUAUUGAGUGAUACAGUAUUGCUCAAUGUAACAUAUGUAACAACAUAUAGAUCUCAAAAUCUAUAUGCUGUUGUAGAUUUUUGAGAUGAGACCUCUACCUUGUGUGGGAGUUUACAAAAUUAUGUCUACUCCACCCUUUGGAGGUAAAUUGGGAAAGCAAGGACUGGUGUUAGGGACAAAAUCUCAAAUCUGGAGAUAGCGGAAUGGGGUGGAACGCUAAUUAUAUUAAUUUCUUAGCUCUAUAAUACAUAAGUGAAACAGCCACAGUACAGUUGUAAAGUUUGCUGCCUAACAUGUCUCUGUACCGUAAAGACAUGUUUAUAUGGAAAUUAUCAGAGUAUUAUCGACAUUAGAGUCUUCAUUGACGGAAAUGUUUCAUGUUUGUGGAGGAGGAAAGGUUCAGGUGAAGGCAAGUGUCUGUUAUCUGUGGGACCUGAAAAGCCUCAGCUGCUGCUGGACAUCAGGAUUCUGGCUGGCAGCGAGGAGCUGCAGCAGUAUCAGUUGGUUUUUUUUAUAGGAGCAGUCAUUUAAAGACACAGAGGGCGAGAAGUCGGCUUCAUUACAUAAACACCACAUGCAACACAGCAGCAAAUAACCUUGCCUGCACUCUGGGGGAAUAUUUGGAGUUUUCCUUCUUUUUUGACAAUGAGACCCACAGAAUGGAGGGCUCAAUUAUGUUUAUAAAGUAAUGUGGUAGUCAAAUACUCUGUAUAGAGUGGAGUAAGCAAAAGGGUGCAAACUGUCAUGAUGACACUCAUAGUAUUCAUUGACUUACAUGUAAUGUUUAUAAGGGUAAGUAGAAUAUAAGGGGUGAAAAUGUCCUCUGGUGGGAAGGUGGUAUGCUGUAAAGAUUACCUUCAGAUUUCAUGUUGGGAGGGGGCUAUGAGUACACCCAAGAUUAUACAUAAUGCAGGCAGAUUUGUCUUUUCGGGUGUUUUCACAUCUUUGAUUGGGCACCAAAACUGAACAAAUAAUUCCAUUUCAAGCUGGUGCUGUUCACUUUCACUCUGCACUGUAUAAAAUGAACCAAACCCUUUAAAAACCUGUUCCUGGCAAUUUUCGGUAACCUUUGUAGCAUCGAGCUGGUGCAUUACAUACGUCAGAGACAAAUGUCAGCUAUUGGGUAACAUUUAAAACUUCAACAGAGUCCAUGCCUCCAGGAAGAAAUUGUUUCUUAAUAGCCAAGGGUCAAAAAGACCCUCUGGACGAAGCAAUGCGAAGAAGAAGGAACUGGUUUUUACCAAGCUAAGUUGAUAGGCUAAACAUAGUGACCAGUCCAUGUAAGGGCUGACAAAAAUGUACUCAUACCUCCCACCUAGGAUCACAUUAGAUUGGACAGUUAUAUUUAGAUGUCUCAGGAAUGCAAACUCCACACAUAGAAGGUUCCUGCAGGGGUUAAACCAGGUACCUGUAGGUGAAAGGCAGCAUUGUUCUCUAAACGAUGGCUUAUCACCAGCAUCAAAGAGAAGUCUUCUAACUUUACAUUUUAACAUUUUCCCUGAAAAAUAAAUGAAUCCUGGUAAAUAAAGUUUUUUUCAGCAUUUUGUAUGCAAUAGUCAAAAAUAUACUGAUAGAGAGAUAAAACAUUGACUAUUUAUGUUGGUUUUAAGUCCAGUUCUUUGAUCGAUGUGUGUGUGUGUUGUACAUCAUUAUAACGAUUGCUGUAAGUGCAACAGGCUGAGUGAAGACUAGGGUUUCAUCUGAUCUUACUGUGUUCAUAAGAACUUUCUCUCCUCUGUUUUUCUCCCCUGUAGGACUGGAGCUUUCGUGAUUAUUGGCCACCUCUCGGUUUAUCCUCUUCAUUGUUUUACACUGAGGUUGUUGUUUUACACUGAGCAAUUUAGUUGUUCAGGUAUUCUAUCUAACUGCUGCUGAACCUUUUUUGACUUUCUACAAGAUUGUAAUUCAUGCUUUUUUUACAUCACUGCUAAACCAAGAAUGAAUGCCUUUGAAGGGAUUCUUUACCCACUACUGAAACUAAAUAGAUUUUGAUUU